AUGAAACAUAGAAAACUUGAGUUGCCAGAAGUCCUUGGAUUCCUAGAUCUCGAAGCUGAAGUAUCAGAGGCUGAGACCAACAAUCAGAAUGAUGGUGAUGAAGACGAUCUUAUUGACGACGAUGAAGACAUUGACAAGUCGAUUUCGGGAGAUGCGCACCGAAACCUUCUCCGUGAAGCGUUGAUGCUGUCUGAUGAUGACGCCUUUUGGGAAAGCUUUCUUGAGUGCGUCACGUCUCAUCAAGAUAUUGGGGAAGAUGUCCAAGAUAUCGGAAAGGUGUCUUUAUGGGCGGUGGUCAUCAAGCCUGGUUAUGAGGAGCAGAUAGUCUUUCGAAUCCAUCGGCGCCUCAUGGACAAGAGGUUUUCUGCACACUUAUGA